UUGCUGCCUUCACUCAGCAGCAGAGGGGAAGGGCAGAGCCAGCCACCAUGGCGACACUCUUCUCCCACCCCCAGCGGCGCCCUCCCCUCUUACGCCAGGCCAUCAAGAUAAGGCGCCGCAGAGUCAGAGAUCAGCAGGAGCCCCUGUCCCAACCAGCCCAGGAGAUUCGGCCUCCAUCUCACCACCUCUCCCCCAAGGAGCGGGCCCUGCUCUACGAGGAAGCUCUCUACACCGUCCUGCACCGCCUGGGCCAGCCGGAGCCCAACCAUGUGGUGGAGGCCUCUGAGCUGCUGCGAUACCUGCAGGAGGCCUUCCACAUGGAGCCCGAGGAGCACCAGCAGAUGCUGCAGCGGGUCCGGGAGCUCGAGAAGCCCAUAUUUUGUCUGAAAGCAACAGUGAAACAGGCCAAGGGCAUUCUGGGCAAGGAUGUCAGUGGGCUCAGUGACCCCUACUGCCUGCUGGGCAUCGAGCAGGGGGUGGGUCUGCCGGGAGGCAGCCCUGGGUCCCGGCGUCGGCAGAAGGCAGUGGUGAGGCACACCAUCCCCGAGGAGCAGACCCACCGCACCCAGGUCAUCGCCCAGACACUCAACCCUGUCUGGGAUGAGACCUUCAUCCUGGAGUUUGAGGACAUAACCAAUGCUAGCUUUCACCUGGACAUGUGGGACCUGGACACCGUGGAGUCUGUCAGACAGAAGCUUGGGGAACUCACAGAUCUGCAUAGGCUGCGAAGGAUCUUCAAGGAGGCCCGCAAGGACAAAGGCCAGGAUGACUUUCUGGGGAACGUGGUUCUGAGGCUGCAGGACCUGCACUGCCGAGAGGACCAGUGGUACCCCCUGGAGCCUUGCACUGAGACCUACCCAGACCGUGGCCAGUGCCACCUCCAGUUCCAGCUCAUUCACAAGCGGAGAGCCACCAUGGCCAGCCACUCCCAGCCCAGCUACACGGUGCACCUCCAUCUCCUGCAGCAGCUUGUGUCCCACGAGGUCACCCAGCACCAGGCAGGCAGUACCUCCUGGGAUGGGUCACUGAGUCCACAGGCCGCCACCAUCCUUUUUCUCCACGCCACGCAGAAGGACCUGUCUGACUUCCACCAGUCCAUGGCGCAGUGGUUGGCCUACAGCCGCCUCUACCAGAGCCUGGAGUUCCCCAGCAGCUGCCUCCUGCACCCCAUCACCAGCAUCGAGUACCAGUGGAUCCAGGGCCGGCUCAAGGCAGAACAGCAGGAAGAGCUGGCCACCUCGUUCAGCUCCCUGCUGGCCUACGGCCUCUCCCUCAUCCGGAGGUUCCGGUCCGUCUUCCCCCUCUCUAUCUCCGACUCCCCAGCCCGGCUGCAGUCUCUCCUCAGGGUCCUAGUACAGAUGUGCAAGAUGAAGGCCUUUGGAGAGCUGUGCCCAGACAGCGCCCCACUUCCUCACCUGGUGACCGAGGCCCUGCGGACCGGUACCAUUGAAUGGUUCCACCUGAAGCAGCAGCACCAUCAGCCCAUGGUGCAGGGCAUACUGGAGGCGGGCAAGGCCUUGCUGAGCUUGGUUCAGGACAUCAUUGGUGACCUGCACCAGUGCCAGCGCACGUGGAACAAGAUCUUCCUCAAUGCCCUCAAGAUCGACUUCUUCCCCACGGCCUUCCUGGAGCUGCAGUGGCUGGUGGCCAAGAGGGUGCAGGACCACACGGCAGCGGUGGGCAGCUCCGUGUCCCUGGAAAUGGGCGAGAGUCUGUUCCAGCUCUACGUCAGCCUCAAGGAGUUCUGCCAGCUGGGCCCACUCCCCUCCAAGAGGGAAGGAGUCCUGGCCCUGGACGGUUUCCACCGUUGGUUCCAGCCAGCCAUCCCCUCCUGGUUGCAGAAGACGUACAGUGUGGCCCUGGCACGGGUGCAGCGCGCAGUGCAGAUGGAUCAGCUGGUGCCCCUGGGUGAACUGAUCAAGCAUAGCACGUCAGCUGUGGACCUGUCCACUUGCUUCGCUCAAAUCAGCCACACCGCCCGGCAGCUGGACUGGCCGGACCCAGAGGAGGCCUUCAUGAUCACCGUCAAGUUUGUGGAGGAUACCUGUCGGUUAGCCCUGGUGUACUGCAGCCUUAUCAAAGCCCGGGCCCGCCAGCUCUCUGAAGGCCAGAAGGACCAGGGCCAGGCAGCCAAUAUGCUGUGCGUGGUGGUGAAUGACAUGGAGCAGCUGCGGCUGGUGAUCGGCAAGCUGCCCACCCAGCUGGCAUGGGAGGCCCUGGAGCAGCAGGUUGGAGUCGUGCUGGAGCAGGGGCAGCUGCAGAACACGCUACAUGCCCAGCUGCAGUGUGCACUGGCUGGCCUGGGCCACGAGAUCCGCACCGGCGUCCGCACCUUGGCCGAGCAGCUGGAGGCGGGCAUCGCCAAGCACAUCCAGAAACUUGUGGGCGUCAGGGAGUCUGUCCCACCUGAGGAUGCCAUUCUGCCCCUGAUGAAGUUCCUGGAGGUGAAGCUCUGCUACAUGAACACCAACUUGGUGCAGGAGAACUUCAGCAGCCUUCUGACCCUGCUUUGGACCCACACACUCACGGUGCUGGUGGAGGCAGCUGCUUCCCAGCGCAGCUCGUCCCUGGCCUCUAGCAGGCUGAAGAUCGCCCUGCAGAACCUGGAGAUCUGCUUUCAUGCUGAGGGCUGUGGCCUGCCGCCCGAGGCCCUCCACACGGCCACCUUUCAGGCUCUGCAGAAGGACCUGGAGCUACAGGCGGCCACCAGCCGGGAGCUCAUUCAGAAGUACUUCUGCAGCCGCAUCCAGCAGCAGGGAGAAACCACCUCUGAGGAGCUGGGGGCUGUCACGGUUAAGGCAUCCUACCGCGCAUCAGAGCAGAAGCUGCGUGUAGAGCUGCUCAGCGCCUCCAGCCUGCUGCCCCUGGACUCCAAUGGCUCCAGCGACCCCUUUGUCCAGCUGACCUUGGAGCCCAGGCAUGAGUUCCCUGAGCUGGCCCCCCGGGAGACCCAGAAGCACAAGAAGGACCUUCACCCGCUGUUUGAUGAGACCUUUGAAUUCCUGGUGGCUGCUGAGCCGUGCCGGAAGGACGGGGCCUGCCUGCUGCUCACUGUGCUGGACCAUGACACGCUGGGGGCCGAUGACCUGGAGGGGGAGGCCUUCCUGCCGCUGUGCAAGGUGCCCGGGCUGACUGGCUCAGAGGAGCAUGGCGAGGUGCCUCAGACCCGCCUGCCUCUCACGUACCCUGCACCCAACGGGGAUCCGAUCCUGCAGCUGUUGGAGAGUCGCAAGGGUGAUCGCGAGGCCCAGGCCUUUGUAAGGCUGCGGAGGCAGCGAGCCAAGCAGGCCUCCCAGCAUAUUCCACGGUCAGGGCGGUAGCAGUGGAGGUUGGGGGUGGGGCCUGGUAGAGCUUUCUGUAAGGUCUGGGUCUUCCCCACCACAGCACAGCACUCCAGCCCAGCCUAACACUCAAGAGAGCCCAGAGUUCAGGUCCUCUCUGGUCCUCCUGCCAGAGCAGGGGCCCUCGGUAAUGGGGCACCAUUAGCGAUAUUUAUACUCCUUCCUCCCUCCCUCAAGCCCUGCCUUAGUGUUCUCUGCCACAUCCUAGCACCGGGGGCAUCUUCUGCCUCUGCUCCCCUCUUGGAAGAGCUGCUCUGGUGAGGCAAGG